UGUUAACAGAUUCCAGCGCAAAGAAGAAAUCAGACCAGAAAAGUAGAGGAAAGGGAGCCGGGGUAAUAGGAAUUGUGGAAAAUGAGGAUCCCUCCCCACAAGCGUUGCUAUUAUCCAGCUCGUUUCUAAGGAUUCGGUUGCUGCCAUUCCUGAGAGCUACUUGUGGCCGAGCGGAGGUCCUUUGGAAAGACGGAUCACACAAAAAAUGGAGGCCAGAGUGGAGCGUGCCGUGCAGAAAAGGCAAGUCCUGUUUCUUUGUGUAUUUCUUGGAAUGUCGCGGGCUGGCGCUGAACCGCUUAGGUAUUUUGUGGCAGAGGAAAACGAGAGAGGCGCCUUUCUCGCAAACCUAGCAAAUGACCUAGGGUUGGGGGUGGGAGAACUGUCAGCCCGGGGAUCUAGAAUUGUUUCAGACCAGAACGUACGGUUUUUACUGCUCAGUCCGCUUACUGGUGAUUUACUUCUAAAUGAGAAACUGGACCGGGAGGAAUUGUGCGGCCCCAAAGAGCCCUGUGUGCUGCCUUUCCAAUUGUUAUUGGAAAAGCCUUUUCAGAUUUUCGGCGCUGAACUGUGGGUGAGAGACAUCAACGACCAUUCUCCAGGAUUUCUAGAUAGAGAGAUUCCCUUGAAAAUAUUAGAAAGUGCCAUUCCAGGGGCGGCCUUUCUCCUGGAAAGUGCGCAGGAUUCAGAUGUUGGAACCAACAGCUUGAGUAACUACACCAUCAGCCCCAAUGCCUAUUUCCAUAUUAACGUCCGCGACAGCGGGGAGGGGAAUGUGUAUCCCGAAUUGGUGCUGGAUCAGGUGCUGGAUCGUGAAGAGACUCCUGAGCUCAGUUUAAGGCUCACGGCCUUGGAUGGCGGCUCGCCGCCCAGAUCCGGGACCGCUCUGGUGCGCAUCCAGGUCGUAGCCAUAAAUGACAACGCCCCUGAAUUUGUGCAGCCGCUCUACAAGGUGCAGGUGCCCGAAAACAGCCCCGCUGGUUCCAUGGUUGUCGCCGUGUUCGCCAGAGAUUUAGAUACCGGAAGUAAUGGGGAAAUAGUCUAUACCUUUUUUUAUGCCACUGAAAGAAUACUCAAAACGUUUCAAAUCAAUCCAGAGUCUGGCAAAGUCUACCUUAAAGCCGACUUGGACUAUGAGGCAAUUCAAACGUAAGCAUUAACUAUUCAGGCGAAAGACGGCGGAGGGCUUUCUGGAAAAUGUACUGUGGUGGUUGAGGUAACAGAUGUAAAUGAUAAUCGGCCGGAGCUGCUCAUGUCAUCACUUACUAGCCCAAUCCCAGAGAACUCACCCGAGAUAGUCGUUGCUGUUUUCAGGAUUAGAGACCGAGAUUCAGGGGACAAUGGAAAGACGGUGUGCUCUAUCCAGGACGACCUCCCCUUCCUCCUGAAGCCAUCUGUGGAGAAUUUCUACACUCUAGUAACAGAGAAGCCAUUGGAUCGAGAGAGGAAGGCCGAGUACAACGUCACCAUCACCGUCACCGACCUGGGGACUCCCGCGCUGAAGACCCAGCACCACGUCACCGUGCGGGUCUCCGACGUCAACGACAACGCCCCCGCCUUCACCCGGGCCGUCUACACCCUGCUGGUCCGCGAGAACAACCGCCCCGCCCUGCACAUCGGCAGCGUCAGCGCCACCGACGCGGACGCGGGCGCCAACGCCCAGGCCACCUGCUCGCUGCUGCCGCCCCCCGACCCGCGGCUGGCGCCGGCCGCCCUGGUGUCCGCGAACGCCGACCGCGGCCGGCUGUUCGCGCUGCGCUCGCUGGACUACCAGGCCCUGCGCGCCUUCGAGCUCCGC